AUGCUUUCGUUUUGUCCUUCGUGUAACAAUAUGCUACUGAUAACGAGUGGCGAUAGUGGUGUAUAUACAUUAGCAUGCCGUUCAUGUCCAUAUGAGUUUCCUAUAGAGGGUAUAGAAAUCUAUGAUAGGAAGAAACUUCCAAGAAAGGAAGUUGAUGAUGUUCUUGGUGGUGGUUGGGACAAUGUGGAUCAAACCAAAACCCAAUGUCCCAAUUAUGAUACUUGUGGUGGUGAGAGUGCUUACUUUUUCCAACUACAAAUUAGGUCAGCUGAUGAGCCGAUGACUACCUUUUAUAAGUGUGUAAACUGUGGUCAUAGAUGGAAGGAAAAUUAA